AUGGGGCGGAGCGAGCAGAAGGCCCUGCAAACUGCCAGCACUCAUUCAGACACGCCGGCAGCCGUCCCUAAGUGCCAGCCUGAAGACGAGCAGAAAGCCAAGCCCGCCAGCCCAGACCCUAGGAAACAGGAAGACGCUGCUGUGUCCCCCCGCCCCCGGGCCCUGUGCGGGUGCAAGGAAGGCUGCAGAGCCCUGCCGGGCGGCGAGGCACACGGGUUAGAGAUACUAAGUACGCCGCAGCUGCCAGCGGGGCACCGGGCCGGGCUGUGGGGACCCGAGGCUCUGUGUUCCGAGGAGCCACCGUGUGGGCCGCCCCAACCAGUCAAGGGUCCAGCGCCGCUUCCUGCCUCCAGCUCAGACCCCAGAGAACCCGGGAUUCUGCCACAAGAGCUCUUCUUGAAAGCUCAGGAGCACAGAGGAGGAACCGGAACCAGACUCAGGGCACCUGGCCUCCAUCCUGGGCUAGGGCCACGGGGGCCUGGGGAGCCCGGGCCAGGUCCUGUCCCCCUUCACACACACGCCGCUCCCGCACAACGGAGACACACCACAGGCUCGGAGGCGGCGGCCAGGCUGGGGCGACUCAGGGCUGGGCCCGGGCCCCGGAGACAUCACCAAGCCCCGAUGUCAGUGGCUACCUGCCAGGCCGCGGUUGGGGCUCAGGAACCAGCAGACACGAACGUGGCCCGGGACGUCCCCAACACCGAACUGCACCGAACGGGGCAGUGA